AUGAUCCUUCUUACGCACGCAAUCCUGCCAAUCUCGAAGCCGGACAUCAGUGAGCAGUCUGGACACUGUCCACUGCUGAAAACUCCUCUUGGCCCACCCCAGAAAGGCUGCAACCGACCUGCUGCUCGGCGCCGGGCGGGUGGCAUUGAGCUUCCAUCUUUGCAGACCCAGGGCAAGGUCUCUUGCCCUCUCCAACGCAUGUCCCACCAACUCCAAGCAGACCACACUAGGUUCACCAUGCUUGCCGCGUCGACGGAACUGCAUGCCGUCUCCAUGUACUGCGGGAGGCGGCGGUGGCCCUCUAGGCAGGUCGCCGCGAAGUCGGCGAAGAAGACCCCCGUGCUCAAGGAUUCGGGCGCCCCGUUUGUUGGGCAGCUGGCGAGCCUCGAGGCCUUCGUGAAGGCCGUGGCGUCCAAGUGCAACUUCACUGCCACGCAGAUGGAGCAGAAGGCUGCCGAGGUCGCCAACGUCAAACAAGGGCCUUUGCUUGCCGUGCGAAAUCGCUUGCUGGAGGUGAAAUCCAAGCUCAACACGGAAAAUGCAGGCAUGGACGCGCUGAGGAAGAAGGUCGCGGAUGCCAAGGCCUCGGCAGAGAAGGACCGGGAGGCGGAAGUCCAGGAACUCCGCGAGGUCCAAUGCAAGGCCUUCGCAGAAGACUCCGUGCGGCGCGGCUGCGAGGCAGUGGAGGCCGCAGAGGCCCUGGUGGAGAAGGCGACGGCUGCCCAGCAGUCUGCCUCAUCACUCUCCGGGAAGGGACUCAAGGAGCUCGAGGCCCUCAAGAAAGAUGCGGACGUGGCCCUGCAGGCGUUGGGCGAGUCCAAGGAGGUUGUGGCCAAGCUGCUGGAAGCCCACGACACCUACCGAGGCCAGAGCCGAAAUCUGCUGCUGCAAGCUCGAGUGGAGCUCACGAAACUCAAGUCGAGGGCCGGCGCCGCCGAGAAGAGAUGCAAUCACGCCACUGAAGCCCUGCGCAUUGCCCAUGCGCAGGUGACGAAGACCACGCUCUUCCGGGCGAAGAAUUCUUUGAGGACGGCCUUCCGGAAGCAGGGCCUCGCGAGGGACACCGCCUUCGACAGCGCCGCCAAGGGAGCCGAUCAGCUCGCACUUCCGGAUUUCGAGGCUUAUGUCGCCGGCUUGCCUACCGAAGACUUGACGCAGGAGCAGGUGGCGCUGCUCUUCCGACAGUUCGGCGGAGGCAGCAUGGAUCGGCCGUCCUUCUUCAAGGUCGUCCAGGAAUAUGCCACCUGCAUCCAGGAAGUUGCCAUGACCGAGGGCUUUGCCAUCUCCUCAUCUUCCACGGUUCGCAAGAUCCAGACAUCAGAAUUAGUGGAGGUCUUGGAGGGGCCCGACGAGGACGAGGAGACGAAAGUCCGACGCGUUCGAUGCCGUGCGCUGAAGGAUGCGAAGAUGGGCUGGGUCACCAUCAAGGGCAACCAGGGGACAGCCUUCCUGAAGCCACGGGAGAAGCCCUUCCUUGUGGCCAGUGGCCCCACCGACCUCCGAGAGGCCCCGGAUGCCGAAUCGCGCGUGCUGCGCGGCCUGGAGCCAGGGGAGAAGUUGGAGCUGCUGGAGGGCCCCAGAGAGGUGGCGCCAGAGGCCAAGCUCUUCCUGCGCGGUGCCGCCUGCAAGGAUGGCACGCAGGGCUUCCUCUGCCUGCAGGAGCUCGCCGACUCACCAGCACCCAGCGACAAGUACUAUGUGUGCAAGGCCGUGAUCGCGAUGACCCAGGGCUUCGACAUCACGAACUGCAAGCCCAUCCGGAAGGUGAGCGUCGGCGAGGCGCUGGAGGUCCUCGAGGAGAGUGAGGAGAGCAUCGAGGUGUCGGAGUCCUCCAUCGCCAGGCGCCGCUUCCGCGCCGUGCAGGAUGGUCGGGAGGGCUGGGUGACCCUCAAGGGGAACCAGGGCACCGUGUACCUGGAGAAGAGCAGCUCCCACUACCUCGUCGAGAGGCCGCUGGGCCUCUACAGCUCUGCUAAAAGCGAUGCCCAGACCGUGAGGCAGCUGGAGGUGGGCGAGGUCUUCCAGGCAAAGGGGCCGCCAGUGAAGGUCACCCCCGAGAAGUGCGUGCUGAUGCGGGCCAGGGCUCUUCAGGAUUGGGCGGAAGGAUGGAUCUCCUUCGUGGCCGGCCCUUCCGCUCCAAUCAAGCCCUUCAGCUCCAAGCCACCCGCGGGCCAGUGA